AUGGAUCUACCCCUAAAUGACUUCAAUUUCGAAGAGUACUUUCGACAACAGUUCGAGAUGCAAAAAGCCAUACUCGAAAGGCAGAAAAAACUUCUUGAAGAGUUGCAAAGUAGAAACGAGCAACCGCACUCUUUGUCAAACUACGACAACUACUUCACACAAAGGCGCAAUAAUGCAGGAAAGCUUGGUUUGACGCCUAUCCAGAAGUGUACAGCUGCCAUACGCAUGCUCGCAUAUGGAGUUGCAGCAGAUGCUUGUGAUGAGUACGUCAAGAUAGGGGAAACAACUGCACUUGAGUGUACUAGAAAUUUUUGUGACGGAGUAAUUGCCUUGUUUGAAGAUGAAUACUUGAGACGACCAAAUGUGGAAGACUUGCAGAGGUUACUCAAAGUUGGUCAGGAGCGUGGUUUCCCUGGUAUGAUUGGAAGUAUCGAUUGCAUGCAUUGGCAGUGGAAGAAUUAUCCUAAGGCUUGGCAAGGGCAAUUUACUAGUGGACACAAGGGCACCACUACUGUUAUCCUUGAAGCAGUUGCGUCAUAUGAUUUGUGGAUAUGGCAUGCUUUCUUUGGUUUACCUGGUACGUUAAAUGACAUAAAUGUACUAGAUAGGUCACCGGUAUUUACCCGAUAUUGUGUUCGGGUUGUGAAGCUCCGCGGGCAACUCCUUCCGACUCUCCUCACUAGCUCCAUCUCACGGCUGAAUACAUACGUGAAUGGCCGGGACAAUACAAUCUUGCAUAUGUCUGGUUGGAAAUUUGAGUAA